AGUCCUUCUCUCCCCGGCUGUGCCAAGUGUAAGCUGCGGGAACUAGUUGGCAAUGCCCAGCUCUCAAAACCCACCAAGCCUUUUCCAGCUCCCUAUUUAAGAUCUGCAAUCUCCAAUGGUUUUACUCAAUGUAGGAUGGGACUUAAGUUGAGCGGCAGAUAUAUCUUUCUGGUCCUUGCUGUGCAUCUAGCAUACCUGCUGCAGGCGGUGAAGGCUGCAGGCAAAUGUGAUGCAGUGUUUAAGGGCUUAUCGGACUGUAUGCUCACGCUGGGCGAUAAAGUGGCCAACUACCCCCAAGACCUGGAGGAAAAGAAAAAUCUCGACACCAUAUGCUCGUACUGGGAUGAUUUCCACGUCUGCACUGUCACAGCCCUUGCAGAUUGUCAGGAAGGGGCAUCAGAUAUCUGGGAGAAACUGAAAAGGCAAUCCAAGAACCUCAAUAUUCAAGGCAGCUUAUUCGAACUUUGUCCUGGAUCUACUGGGGCACCGGGCCCCAGGCUCCUAUUUCCAGCUUUUCUGCCUUUGCUCAUUGUGUUCCUCUCUGCCCUACUCAACUGGGUACUUCAGUAGCUGUCCACCUCUUCCCAACUCAACUGCACCCUUCACAAGAUGGCCAGCUCUUACCUACUGAGUUGGAUCCUUCAGUAGAUGCCCAUUAUCCUCUACUCAGCAGAUGGCCAGCUCUUGCCUGCUGAGUUGGAUCCUUCAGUAGAUGACCAUCAUGCUCUACUCAUCUGGGUCCUUAAGCAGAUGCCCAGCUGUGUACCAAACUGGAUGUUCCAGUAGACCUGAAGCUUGAGGAAUGCACUCCCAUUUUCCACCUGCUGGAUUUCUAGAAGGAAUAUCUAAAAAAAUACCAUCUAGGCUUGUUGGCAGGAAAGAAACAUUCUUUUAUUUUGUGUUUUGUUUUUUGCCAAAAUGUUACCAAACCAUGAGCAACAACAGCCAAAUGUGGACCUCAGCUUUACAUCAGAGUCGAAGCGUCAAGCCCUAAUUUUUGCAAAAGAAACUCAGGAAAGGCCCUGGGCCAAGUAAUAAUAAUAAUAAUAAUAACAACACUUCUAGUAAUAACAAUAUUAGGAGGAAAUAAAGUUGGGCUCGCAAAAUUAAAGCAAAUAAGUAUGGAUUAAAAACAAGAUGCAAAGAAAAAUGCCACGGGACCUGUGCAUCCAAAGUGUGUUGUAGGUGUUCACAUGUGAGGCAUAAGGUUAACUCACUUUCUGACGUAUCUCAUUAACCCCAUCACGCACAGAACCAUGAUCUCUUCAUUCCACAGAUUGUUGUAACCAAGAGGAAAGGAUCUCACAGCACAGCAAUGAAAUCACACACAUAUACCAACAGAGAGAGACAAUGAAUUAGUCCAUGAAUGGCUGCUCGGACGAAUGGGUGUGUGAAUGCUAAUAUUGGAUGUAUGGGAGUGCUGAGCAAGUUCAGCUUUAUCUGUUGUUGCCAAGAUAUAUUUCAAAGUUCACUGCCUUUAUUUUUCUUUUCUCAGAUUAGAUGUUAAACAUAUUACUUAAAUAUCCAACUGUGUAACCCACAAAUGGGGGAAAGUAAAUGUAUAACCGUACAAUAGUUAAAAAUGAUAUAUAUAUAUAUAUAUUCAAGAUUUUGACAAACAAAAAGAGAGAAAGAGAGAGCCUUGAUUUUAAAAGAAAUAAAUGUAAUUUAACAAAAAAUUUAUUAUAAACUUAAAUCA